AUGCUGCUCUCCCUCUCCCUCGUUACGUCCACCUUGCUCGCCAGCUCCUUCGCGCUCGGUUUGGCACAACACCACCACAGUGACAACACGUCGCACGUUCCGCCCCACGGUGGCUACAAGCUUCGCCUUGCUCGACGUUCGUUCAAGUUCGUAAAUGAUGGUGUGUUCGACAUGGUGUGAGUUGAUGCUGGCUGAACCGUCGUGGUUGGUGCGUGGAUCGGGGGUGGCUGCUUCGGCGCCGACAUUUGUGAGACCCGCCCACGAGGUCCGAGCCGCAUGGAGCAUUUUGUGAUGAGUGACUCAUGCCGUGCCCGGUGCCCAAAAUUCAUUUCAGAGCAUUCCAUAAAGAGGAUACCCGGAUUUCUCAGAAGUACACCAAAACGUUUCGAAACCGCCAAAUUAACUUAUCUGACGAGAAGAAAGCGGCUCAGGUUCGUCUUCGCGAAGAGGCCCUGUUCGAAGCCGCUCGAGCGAUCGAAAGACGAGCGCCGCCGCUUGAGGAGGUCAAGCGGCUGGCCCCCAGACGGGAACUUCGGCACCCGGAGAAAGGUCGGGGACACGUGCCUUUGAUUGAUGUGGGUGGGUUAUUGAUGAUAAGUAUACUGUGUAGUGUCCUGCACGAGAGACGGGUCUCAUUGAUCACCUCUGGCUCCAUACAUCGAAACCAGCUUUUGCCCACGGGUACGACGUUUCUUACGCAGGAUCUGCUUCAUUUGGAACGCCUGCUCAGCAUCUAAUGAUUGACUUUGACACUGGUUCGGGGGAGUAAGUCAUCGUAAAAUCGCCGGUCCCGAUUUCAGCCGCUCAAAUAACCUAGCCUUCUACAUCGUCCAGUGCUUGGGUCCUAGGACACCACGCCGUGACAAAACACCCGCACACCAAAUUUAACGCUCAAAAGUCUCGCACUUUCGCGCAAAGCGUGCAUCCGAACAAAUGGGGCGUGGUCUACGGUUCCGGAAGUCUGGAAGGCAUCUCGGUGAAAGACAGGGUGUCCGUCGGGGGCUACGUCAUUCCCGACCAACAAUUCGGAGUCGCGAAGAAAACCCUUGCCGUGCUCGAUGGGUUCAAGAUCGACGGUGUGAUGGGUCUCGCUUUCCCCGCUGUUUCAAGCAUGGAUGUCACCUCAUUCAUGGAGAACCUUAUCCAUGGAAAAGGCGAUCAUCCUCUUCCCCUUCCUGUCGCAAGUUUCCACCUUCAACGCGGUCACACAACCGGGGGUGAGAUGUGUCUCGGAUGCAUCGACGAUUCCAUGUUCAAAGGCGAGUUGAACUAUCUCCCUGUGAAGGAGACAGAGCUAUGGCAAGUCGAAUGCGACGGCCUGGUCAUCGGAAAUACCUUGAUCAAAGGGACCAAGAUGCUCGCGGCGCUCGAUACGGGAUCGGCGUUGAUGAAAGUCCCCACCCUGGUCGCGCAAAAUCUCGUCAAGCACCUGCCUGGCAGCAGCAAGCUUCGCUCCGACGGGACCAUUACGAUGCCGUGCAACUCGCACUCAGUGGAGUCCUUCGGUUUCUCGUUUGGUGGUCAAACGUAUAAGAUCCCGUUGGUCGAUAUUCAAAUGGGCAUCUAUGACGAAGCCGAUCCGAGCCAAUGCACGUUCGGCAUUUUCGCCGAUGAUCGAUUUCAAAAUUCGAAAGGAGAAUCGAUGGCUAUCCUAGGGGAUGCGUUCCUCAAGACGGUUUAUUCGGUCUUCAAUUAUUCGAAACAUGGUCAAGCUUCGAUUGGGAUCGCGCCUGUGAGGGACCAUGUAUAAUGAGCUCGACUCGCGUUGGAUAGCCUUGCGUUCUGUUCUUCAAAUUGGUCUUAUUCCGCGUCCUGGUGACUUUUUAUCGUAUUACAGGCUUGGAUCCUACUUACAAAAAGCUCUCAUAAUAUCAUCUCAUUUUCUUUAUCGCAUGCCCAGUGCUCCUUUUCACGAAUUUCUGAAAUGAUCCACUCAGCGCCCCACCGGUUCGAGGAGUUGCGGCAUUCGGGUGAUAAAGGGAAGGACACCAAACUCGUCUACAUCAACACAAAAUCUCGGACUCGCCGAGAAGAGGACGGUCUCCGUCAAUAAAAAAUUGGUUAUCGACGGAUUGAUGGGAAUCACCUUUCUCGACUUGACGGGGAUAGUUGGCGUCGGUUUCUUCAUGGAGAACCUCAUCGGAGGCAAAGGGAACCGUACGCUUCCUCUCCCCGUCGUCAGUAGGGUCAGCCGCCAUCUUCAACGCAACAUCAAACACGGCAGCGAGGUGUGUUUUGAUUGCAUUGACAGUUCAAAGUACGAAGGCACGCUGAAAUACGCAAUUUGA